CAUCACUGACCUGCCCACCCUCGUGGCCGUUAUUGAGGACAACACGCAAGCCUGGGUUACAGCUCGAGACCUAGGAACCCUUCGUGCUGCGUUCUCCUUCCUUGCCAAGCUCGGCUCCCGCCCUGGCGCCGACACUCCGGUACUGCCCCGCGCCCUCACCACCCUGGCAGCCGCCUACCUGCCACUGGUGCCGGGACUGAGGGACGCAUUCUCGUGUGUGGGACCGCUGUAUGCCUGUGCCAAGCUGGGCUUCUGGGAGGGGCAGCUGGCAGCAGCACUGCUGGAGCGGCUGGGGCGGGAUGGCGGGGAGCUGAUGCAGCGGGCUAACGCACAGGACCACAGCAACCUGUGGUGGUCAGUAUCAGUUGCUCCCAAGCACCUCGUAGCUCUUGCUGGAGGAGCCCUGCAAGCAAGCACUGCAUGCCUUGAGCAAAUGCGGCUUUCAGAACUUUACUCCCAGGCCUGCUCCAACAUCCUGCUGGCGUGUGCCCGGUUGCAGCGCCGCCACGACCCCCUGCUGCACCACCUGACCGCCUGUCUGGUACAGCUGCCUGAUGCCAAAUGCCAGGAGCUGGCCAACUCGCUGUAUGCGCUGGGUGAGCUGGCUGAAGACUGCGGCUAUAAGCCCCGGGAGCAGGACCUGCAGCGCUUGGGGGUUAGGGUACUCGCACGAUGGCAGCAGCAUUAUAGCAGGAGUCAAGAUGGCAGCCAUGGCAACCAUGAGAGCUUCAAGCCGCAAGAGCUGUCCAACAUGCUGCUGGGGUGUGCCAAGCUGGGUCUCUCCGACCUCGACCUCCUCCACUCCCUGGCGGCUGCACUUGCAUCCAGUGGCCAGCUGGCUGAUGACCAACAUCUUGCCAACUCGUUGUAUGCACUGGCUGUGAUGGGGUGCACGGGACCCCAAUACACCUCGAGUGUGAAGCAGCUGUGUGCAGAGGUGCUGCACCGCCUGCAUAGUCAGCCCAGACGGUUCGCUCCUCAGAGUCUGUCCAACAUCCUGUGGGCCCUGACACGGCUGUGGCCAAAUGGCAAGGAGGCGCUAGUGCAGGCCUUGGCAGCAGAGUGCAGGCGCCGGCAAUUGGUUGGCUUCAAGCCUCAGGACCUCAGCAACACUGCCUGGGCCCUGGCCAAGAUGGGUUACAGCGACCAGGCCUGGUAUGAGGCAGUUGUCGGAGCAGCCAGUGCCCCAGGCGCCAUGCAAGGGGCAAGCCCACAGGACUGGGCGAACCUGUGGUAUGCCCUAGCACUGGUGCGGCACAAGCCUGCAGACUCCUUCAUGGAGGCUGCAUCAAGGGACGGGCUUCCCCGCGCUAGUUCCCAGGGUUGUGCCAACCUGCUAUGGUCCCUGGCCACUCUGGGCCUGUACGAUCAGCGGCUGGUGGAUGCUCUGGGGGAGAGGCUGGGGGAGCAGCAGGGGGAGAAGGGAGGGAAGGGGCCCACCAACCAGGACCUUACCAACAGCUUGUGGGCGCUUGCAGUGAUAGGCCCUGACGUGCUGUCCCGCCACAUCGGCCUGGUGGAGGGGCUGCUGAGGGAGGUGGUGCGGAGGUGGGAGCCACAAGAGGGGGGUGCAGGAUUUCUACGAGAACAGCUGACUCAGCUGUGGCAGGUGCAACUAGAGCUGCAGCACAUGAGCAACGGCAGCGGCGGGGGCGGGGUCAGGCCACGUAACGGUGCUAAGAAGCUGGAGCUAAUCCUAGCUGGGGGUGCUUGCGGGCAGGGCUCUCUGCUGCAGGCAAUGCGAACUGCAGCUGAGAGGGACCCCACCACCUCCAAGCUGCAGCAGGCUGCGGUCCGUGUCCUCAAGCAGCUGCAGUCAACCGCUGGCCAGGACAGCCCCCUCAGCCCCGCUUCCAGCAGCGACCCCAGCAGCCCCAUCCUGGCCAUCCUCCCCGAGCACCCGGUGGAGGCGCUGUGCUGCCGGGUGGACGUGGUAGUGGAGCUGGCGGGAGGGAGGCGGGUGGUGGUGGAGGUGGACGGGCCAUGGCACUUCCUGGCCAACCACCCACACACGCGCACCAAGGAUGGCUCCACCCAGCUGCGGGACAGGCAGCUGGAGCGGGUGUUUGGGGCGGGGAACGUGGUGGGCGUGCCUUACUGGAAGUGGGACGAGUUAAAGGCAGGAAAGGAGCAGGAGCAGUACAUGUGGGGCCUGUUGGGUCUUUCCUGAAAAACCAACUUGGUGCCCUGGUUUCUGCUGGUUCUGCCCGGAUUUGGAGGAGUCACAGCAGGUUAUUAUCCGCCAACUUCCGGAAAAGUCUCAAAUUGGCUUCCCUGAAUCAGCACGGGUUGGCGCAGGGGUUGGGUUCGCCUAGCUGGCAACAACUGCUGGCAGUUAACGUGUGUGCUGUCUCUUGGCUUUGGCCCAGGCGUGUUGUCCCUUGUUUUUCCUAGGGACAACAACUGAAAUGUCGGUGCUGCAACGGGUACCGUUACGUGAUUCGCAGCCUCAGUCGCUCAAGCGAGCUGACACCUUCCUGCAGCUUCCUUUGUCGUAG